GCAACAAGAGAGAAGAGAGAGAAGAAAUAGAAGAGAGAGAAGGGGGGCUCGAAAAGCAAAGGGGGGCGGGGGGGUGCGGGGGAUGCGAUUAAUGAUACGUAAGGAAGCGGAUCUCACCACGAAAACUGCUGCCAUUGGCUCACCCAUUUCAAUCAAGCAAAUAAAAAAAGACACCCAUGCAAUCCUCCCCGAACAUGUGUUUAUCUCCCCCCUCGCCCAGUCCCCCCCCCCCUCGCAGCUUUUCUAGAAUAAGAGAGAAACUCAAUUAAACACACCACACCCCCCCUACAGAUUUCUUUCUGUAACUCCUCAAUUUGUGAUACACACCGACCGACCAACCAACCAACCAACCAAGAAGAUCGUGAAAUUGAGAUGGACGGGGAGGAUCAGCUGGAUCACGCGGCGGCGGCGGCGGAGGCGGCGCUGGCGGCGGACGACGGUUCGUGCUGCGGCAGCUGGCUGAUGAACAAGAAGAAGCGGUUCAGCGAGGAGCAGAUCAAGUCGCUGGAGUCGAUGUUCGAGACGCAGACGAAGCUGGAGCCGCGGCAGAAGCUGCAGCUGGCCAAGGAGCUCGGCCUGCAGCCCCGGCAGGUCGCCAUAUGGUUCCAGAACAAGCGCGCGCGCUGGAAGUCCAAGCAGCUCGAGCGCGAGUACAGCGCCCUCCGCUCCGACUACGACCUCCUCCUCGCCUCCUUCGACUCCCUCAAGAAGGAGAAGCACAUGCUCCUCAAACAGUUGCAAAAGCUCAACGGGCUGCUGGACAAGCCGCAAGAAGGAAGAAGCAGAUGCUACGGUGAUUCGGAGAACGCAGAUCUCAACGGCGCGACGGAUAAACGACCGAACUUCCAAAUGAAAGAGGAAUCGGAUGCGAGGGUCGUACCGUACUCGGAUGAAGAAGACAAGAAGUUCCCGUGUUUGAUCAGCGAGGACGAAGCGGAGCUUUACACGGUGCAGCAACAAGCUUGCAGCACUUUAACAUCCGAAGUUGAGGAUCAGUUCGGUUUCCAAACCAGUUGGCCUUCUGAUCAGUCCUGCACCAGCACACAAUGGUGGGAGUUUUGGCCCAUGAAUGAAUAAACCCGCCAAAUUGCCGAUCGAUUUAAUGUUGCAGGUUUGCCGAGAAAUAUUAGAGUUGUUAGCAUGUUUAGGAUCAUUUAAAAGUUUGAGAUCGAUCGAUGCGGCUGUAAAUAGUUACAGAUUCUGGGUAUGUUUUUGCGCUGAAAUUUUUCACAUUUUUUUCCGUUAA